UAUGGCUUUUCUUUCGGCUACUGGUAUAAGCACUUUAAUACACAAUAAAGCCAUUGAAAGGAUUAUUUCCCCCAUGGCUGCACAGCUUUGCCACCUAAUUAUUUUGAGUGAGUGGGGAAAUGCCGAUAAUGGAAGAUUUGCAAAUUUGGAGUCAACUGCAGGAGAGCUGACCAGAGCAACUGAGCAACUCUCUUAUGUUGCACACGGACUAGGUACAUGGAACAUAAGGAUAAUGAGUCCAGGCCUUACGAAAGAUCUACAGAACAUCAGUGAUGCUCAGAAGACAGCAGUCAUUAACAAUAAGUUGAGCAGAUUGCAGAUGGACAUUGUGGCACUCCAGGAAACAAGGCUGUCAUCCAUUGGAUGUCUCGGGGAGAAGGACUUUACUUUUUCCUGGCAUAGGAAGCUUCUGGAAGAGACCAGGGAACAUGGUACUGGUUUCACAAGCAGAAACAACCUCGUUGGCUCAGUCAUACCACCAAAUAUGGGAAAUGAGAGACUGCUGAAAAUUCAGCUACAAACACCAGUGGGCAUGGUCAACAUCUUCAGCGUCUAUGUUCCUGCUUUAACUUCUACCCAGGAAGUCAAGGACAAAUUCUGUGAUGAAUUUAGUGUUGCCAUCACUGAGGUCCCUUCCCAUGAACCAUUAUUCAUUCUUGGUAACAAUAAAGGCUGUCCUCCACCUGUACGUAAAAAACGAACUGAACGAAAACAGAAGGAGGGCGGAAGUUCCGACCAUCGGAACCCAAGUGAGGGCGAGCAACAGCGUGGUUCUAUGUGCAGUGGAAGUACUGUUGGUUUAUCUAGAGUAAGUCGUAGGACACAUCAAGAGCACCAUUUACCCAGCGACAGGGGAUUGGAUACGUAUAGGAACAUUGACUUUGAAACAUGGCUGGAAAAAUCAUUUUUGGAGAAUUAUGUAGAAGCUGAAAGGAGGUUACCAACCAAUACUGGAUUUAAGGACAAAUGCAAACUAUUUCAGGUUCAACUUAACGGGUAUAAAAACCUAAGUUUGGGCAAUUUUUAUUUAACUAAAUGUAUUGAACAAAAAAUAGUGCCUAAGGGCCUGAGACUGAACAAAUUUCCUAAUAAUACAGCUAAUGACAUGGAAUUUUUUAAAAUUGUUUCAAACAUACUUAAUGAAUGUGGGCUUGCAAUCUUGAAGGUUAUGAUAGAGAAUAAUGGUAAAAAAAUGGAAGUAUGUAAAAGGGAAAUAGACAUUUUGAAAUCAGAAAUAAUGAACGAUUUAUUGUUUACAGUGACUGAGUACAAAAAUAUUUUCUGUAAAACACUUCAGGAAGUAGACAAUAUCAUCUCGAAAAAUUAUAAAAGAAAAAUGGAGAAGUUAGAGCGGGAUAUAGGGGAUUAUGAAAAGGGAAAGGCUUAUUUUAUUCACAAUUCAAAAAGAUAUAACACAAUAGGAAAACAGUAUUAUCAAAUGGACAACAGGAAGAAUGAAACAAACUCAUAUAACAGGGUAGAACAAAAGAAUGACCAAGAAAUGAACUAUCAGAUAGAUGUUACUGAAAUUGAUGGAAUAGUUGAACUUGAAGACCCUUUAGAAGUAAGACAGGAGGAGAUGUUUAAGGAAAGAGGUUACCCCAACAAUAUGGUGGAAAAUACUAAAAAAGAAAUAAUUAAGAAACGUAAUAGUAGAUAUAAGCCAUUAUUGGUGAAUGAACAGUAUGACAAAGGGGUAUUCAAUAAUGCCACUAGUAUGGACACAAGUAUGAAUAAUGAGUACGACACAAAUAAGGACAAUAAUAUGGAAAUAAGUGGCUUCUGCGAUGAUGAAGAAACCAGCAUUAAGAUCAGAUACAGGACUGAUGGCAGGCUCUUCAACCUGCAGAUGCUACUGGCCAAGACCAAGGUUGAAGAGAAAAACUUCGGCCUCAUAAUCAGUACCAAGAAGACUGAGGUUUUGCAUCAGCCUGCAGCACAGAAGAUGUAUGUGGAACCAACUAUCAUUGCUGAAGGUGAGAUCCUGAAGGCUGUUGACAAGUUUACAUACCUCGGCAGCACACUCUCCAGAUUUGUGAACAUUGAUGAUGAGACAGAUACAUGCAUCGCCAAGGCAAGCUCCGCAUUUGGAUGGCUGCAGGAGUCAGUCUGGGAGAGGAGAAGCAUCAAACUGUCCACAAGGCUGAAGGUGUACAAGGCAGUUGUUCUGCCCACAAUACUGUAUGCCUGUGAAACAUGGACUGUGUAUUACUGUCAUGCCAAAAAGCUAAAUCACUUUCAUAUGAACUGCUUAAGAAGGCUGCUGAAAAUUACCUGGCAGGACAAAGUUCCAGGCACAGUUGUGCUCUCAGUCUGGACUGCCAAGUAUCUAGACACUGCUGAGAAGAGCCCAAGUCAGGUGGGCAGGCCACCUUAUACAUAUGCCAGUCACAAGCCUCCCCAGGAGACUGUUCUAUGGUUAAGUGAGGCAGCUGAUGAUAAGUUACUACAAAUGGAAAUGGAAUCUGCUGCUGAUUUCCUAAAUGUUGCUGGCAAGACCAUUCUACUAGCAGCUCAGAAGCUUCACAUUCAGCCAGAGAUACAAGAACACAGGCAAGAACUAAGUACUGCUGCUCAAAAUAUACUCAUAGGAACAAUGAAGAUUCUGCUAACAGAAGAUGCAGCUGAAGUGAGGAAAAUCAUGCAGGCAGCAGACUGGCUACUGGAUUGCCUCAUACUACUUGAGUCUGCAAGAGACAUGCCAGCAUUGCUUUCAGCAUUCUGUGCAUUUUCUGAAGCACUUCUUUUGUUGAAUAAUUUGGUGGAAAGACGUAUCCAAGUACUAAAAGAAUCUGUGUACCAACAACAUUUAGAUAAAUCCUUACAGACCCUUAAAAAGUGCAUUCCGAUGUUAUGCACUGCUCUUCAUACCAGCCUCAAGUAUCCCCAGAAUGAACGGGUAAACGUUUCUAAAAAAUACAUUCUAGAUCGAAUCGAUGAAGUAAUAACUGAGCUUCUCACUGUUUUAAAACAGGAAACUCAAGAUGAUGAGUAUCAGGGACAAGGAGGUUUACUUCCACAACAGUUACAUCGACUACUUCACCUGCUGUCCAGCUCUAAGCAUUCCACAUUAGCUGCCAGUGAUUUCAGCACCUGUGUAGAGAGCAUUGUAGUUUACUGCAUGCUUUUAGCAGAUGCCUCCAGACCAAACCUACAACUUAAAAUGAUAAAGCACUGUCAGUAUUUCUUGCAACUCCGCACAGAAAUUUUAGAACAUAGAAAAACUGCAGCUGCCUUGCCUACAUCAAAUCAGUUACAGUGCAGUUUUGAACAUAAAUGUGAAACUAUGAUGAAAGAGGUAGACUAUCUGGACCAUUUGAUAGCCAUAGCACUCCUUUAUCAAAUAAUGAACACUUUCUCUGAAACAAAACAACCUCUUGAAAGAUUAUUAAAAGUUGCUCAAGAUAUAAUACAGCCAGGCUCUAAACAGCACCAUCAGACUUUUCUGAAUAGCCUUCAACCUCUUAUUGCAUCAUUCCAUGCUCAUGCUGAUGAAAUGCUCAAAGUGGCAAGCUUUGUUUCUGCUUUCUGCAGUAGUCUGGAAACAUUCAAAGGAAUUCAGGAUUCAGCUGAAUGUUUACACAAACUCCGUACUAAGGUGGCUCCCUUUCUUUAUGAGCUAAGUAGAGAUUCCAGAAAUGAAGUUGUUCUCAAAAAGUUGAAAUUCUUGUACCAAAAAUGGGUUAAGGAAUCAGAAGCACUGGUUGCAUGCUUUGAUGACAUCAUAAGUGUUGAUGAGUUCUUAGUCAUUUCUGUUCAGGGGAUUAGAGAAGAUACUGCUAAGUGUGAAGAUGCAUUAAAAAUUCAGCACUGCAGCCAGUUUGAACAACAUGCAACUGCUCUUUUAGGCAAAGCACAUCGAGUUGCCCAGAUUGUUGGAAGACACUUAAAUAAAAGCAAAGACCCGAUUUUUCGAAAUGGACUUCUGGUGUUAAUCAAACAUUUGGAAACAUGUCUUUCUCAAGUACAAGCUUCAGUGAAGGAUUGCAUAGAGAAUAGGCUAGAUGACAAAUCGGUUAUUAAUUUUUUCAAGACAGUACAGUAUAUGACUGACUCUGUGCACACAGUUAGCAAAGGAAUGGUUGGACUUAAUCAUCCAGAUAUUCUUAGCCCUCUUCGAGAGCAGGUCCGCAAAGGUAACAACCCAGUAGCAACUAAUUACAUCAGUGAACAGAAUGUUUUGUUUUCUGUUGGAGAAAAGCAAAGCAAGGAAUGCAAUGAAAACACAGGUUCACUGGAAAAAUAUGUAAGCAUACCUCUUCCAGAGCUAAACAGCAACUGCCCAACAGCUUCUACAACAAACAAAGCAUGUUCUGUAGUUCCUGCUUCAAAUAUCCUACAUGUUCUCGAUGACAUCAUAGUAUCAUCAAGGAACCAAGACAUUACCAUGGUGAACACUGCUUGUACUACACUACUGGAACUGACAAACUGCUAUGUAGAAGCAGCGAAGGAAGCCAUUGUAAUAACAGAUGAAACAGACUCACAAACAUUGGUGCAAAUUAGGGCAGAAGUGAUAUCUCUAACACCACAGUUUAUUAGCCUAGCUGGUGAAACAGCAAUUAACCCAAUUUCUUGUAAUAAUCGUCUUUUUGAAAUGGCAAUGUUGUUGUCUGACAGUGUGGACGAAAUCAAGAGUAUCCUAAGAAGCCUGAUGAAGAGCACACUCAAGACAUUCCAGAAAUUAAAUAACAACCUCUCUGCAGCUAAUAAUCCAGAGGUUAUGCAGACUGUUACCAAGGUAAUGGCCUCCUUAUCAGAAAUUGUUCAGCUGGCUAGCAAUGCAACAGAUACACAUUCAGCAAGUUCUUUUGUAUAUCUUGGUGCCCAAGAAACAUUAAUGAAAGUAAAAUCUAGAUUUAAAAAGGCACAAAACAGCUCCAAACAGUUUAUUGAGAGAUUAGAAGUUAUUCAUAAUAAUGAACUUCACAGUACAGCUAAGGCAGAGAGGCUUGAGGGGCACUAUAUUUUAUGGUCUGUCUUUAUCCUUACAUUGCUACAAUCCAUAGAUAACUUUAUAGGAAGAAAUAUUAUAGCUCUGGUUAAGUUAACUACAGGUACAAAAGUAAAAUCUGCACUUCAAAAAGAAUUACUUCACAUAUCAGAAAAUUCAGCAAGAAUACAGGAGGCUGCCAGAUUGUCUUCCUCGUGUUGUGCGGAUUACAUAAAAAACAAAAUAGUCACUUUGAAUAAGGAAGUGAUGGUUCUAACUGAGAAUGUUUUACAAGCUGUAGAAUUUGAAAACAGACUACAUUCAUGUAGAGCCAGUGAAUUUCAGCUUGAAAUUCUUCAACGAAAACUUGCUAUACAAAUUAAGAGUCUGCUUUUGCUGUUAGAGAAGACCAACAAAGAAUAUACUGGCCCUGUUAAGUCACUAAUAAAUCUUAGUUUAUCUGCUACAGAGAAAUGUGGUGACGAAAAAGAUGCAAUCCAAAAGCACUUCGAUAUGGAAGCUAAGAAUCUUCUUGCAAAUAUUGAAAUGAUAAAAGAAAACAUUCAAAAUGUGUACACGUUCAGAAAUGUUAAGGCUCAUGAGUCCAUUCUCUCUGUUACUGAUCAUUUUGUCACCCUUACCUCAGAACUUGUAAGCAAAGCUAAAAGUCUCUUUGAAAGGCCUCUGGAGAGUGAAAUAUUCCUACUUGAACUCCUUCUGUGGGACUGGUCAGCAAAAGCUCACUACAUUGUUGCAGAGUCUCAGUCCUUAAAGGGCAUGGACAAAACAACACUUAAAUACAUUAAGGAAAGACUGCAGAACAAAGACUUGAGUCUUCAGCCAUAUCCUCAAAGUGAAACUCUAAAUAUUACACCAGACAUUAAACUGGAGGAGACCCCUGUAGCAGUAAAAGGACCAAAACAUACAGAAAAUCCAUUCAACUCAGUGACAAACUGGACUAUGGCCAAAAAUGAUUUGUCUUUAGCAAACACCACAGAGUUUGAAAAGAUGUUCAGUAUAUUGGAAGCACCGUCAGAAAACAUGCCUAAUACAAAUUCUGUGGCAGCUCUGAGCUUGACAGAAGAUACUGAUGACUGGGAAGAUGAUGAAAAUAAAAUUGUGCAAGUGACUAAACAAAUGGCAAAUCAGGUGUGCUACAUGGCCCAGUUUCUGAGGAAUCAGGGACCCAUUCAGACCAAAGAACAGCUCAUUGCUUCUGCCAGACAAAUUGCCUCUAGUGGAAAGACUUUCGCUACCUUUGCUGGCAUAAUUGCAAAAUACUGCAUUGACAGAAGGUGUGCUACUGAACUUCUCUGUGCUGUGCAGCAAAUUCCAACCAUCAGCAACCAGCUCACAAUCAUCUCAAGUGUAAAAGCAUCUACUCCAUGUGACAGGUCUGCAGAUGAGGUGUUAGUAAAAAAUGCCCAAAACCUAAUGCAGACUAUUCUUCACACCAUCCAGGCUGCAGAAGCAGCAUGUAUAAAGGGUCUAAGACAGCCUCCUCCUAAUACAGAUGAAGCUGAAGCAGUCACCCUGUGUAUCCAGUGGAAGAAAAAACUAUUAAAACACAGAGCCCAAGAAGCAACAAAUCCCGAAACAGAUGAGUUGGGACUCCGCAAAAUAAGCGCUGGAAAAAUAGUGCCCACUUUGGCAUCCAUUUUUAAAGUUCCAGAUUCUCUUUAGCUACAACAAAUUCAAAGAACAUCUGAUUUUAUAAACAAAAGUCAUGCAAUCAUUAAUUGGCUGUUACAUAUCUGCCUUUUUUUCAUCAUUUUAUUAUCAAAAAAGAAUCUGCUAAUAUAUAUAAACCAAAAUCAGAUGUUAACAUUAUGAAGUUUUUAUAGGAAUAACAGUUAUAUGAAGACUUAUUUUCAUCAAAAUUGUACAUCAUGAUGUAGUAAUACAUUGCAGACACCAAAGCAAUAUCAGUGCUCUGUUGUGGCUAAGAUUUUUAACACCACUUGCAUUAAUCCAGACAAUGCAUUUUUAAAGAUAAAAA